AAUGACUCUCCAAUGCACGAUGGCGAAAUGACAAUCUUUGUAAACAGCUAUCUGGGGCAUCUCCAGAAGACAGUGAUUGGACGAGUGUAUGUUGAGGAUAAAGAUGACUGGGAUUUACCGGAUAAAGUGUUCACUUGGGCACCAGGCAAAUCGCUGCCAGGCUUCAGUCUUGCAACAAAUGGCGAAAUAACGAUGGAUGCUGAUAUGCCACCUCGGACUUAUCAGAUGGUUGCCAGCGUUAUUGACAAGCGACGAAAUGAGAAAGCACAGGGCGUCGUGAAUGUUAUCGUAAAGUUGGUACCUGCUGGAGCGUUUGAAAAUCAGGGUGCCGUACGUAUUCUGCUGUCUGCAAAUGGUGUGGAUUCAGCGGGUAACUUCAUUCGGGCCGAUUCGACCGGCUCCAGUCCAAUGAGCCGAUUUAUUGGCAAAAUGAACGAUUAUCUGGGUGGCGGUGCUGAACUCGAUGUUUUCUCAAUCAAGGAAGAUCAAGCAAUUCUGCAAAAUUAUGCACCAGCCGUACUGGAUAUUCGUUUUUCGGCGCAUGGUAGUCCAUACAAAAGUCCAAUCCUGUUGAAUGGCCUGAUUGCGCAACAUCGCAGUGAAUUGGAGCAGGCAAUCGGCGCAACCAUCGUUUCAGCCGGCAUCGAUAUGUGCAAAUUUACAGUAUGCGAUAAAGGAUGUCAGACGGUACAUAAUGCUAAUGAGGAAGGUAUUGUGGUAUCAGCUAAUCAAACAGUGGUUGUUGGUGUGAAUGCUUGGUCCAACGAUACCUGCGUGUGUCCUGUGUUCACGCCACCUUCGUCAUGCGAGGCGAAUCUGUGUCUUAAUUCGGGUGUAUGCCAUAAUACAUAUCCGGGUUUCUUCUGCGAAUGUCGUAACAACGCUCUGAAAGGAUUCCGCUGCCAGGGUACCACUCGCUCGUUUGAUGGACAAGGAUUCGCGUGGUUCAAACCGGUUCCAGCCUGUACUUCACUGAAUAUUUCGUUGCAGUUUUUAACAAAGCAGUCGGAUGGUCUUCUGCUAUACAACGGACCAAUGGGCAACAAUAACACAUUUGGACAGGCUGACUACAAAGAUUACGUAGUUAUUCGUCUGGUUGGUGGUCGUGUACAUGCAAAUCUGAUGUUCAAUGGAAUUGUUGCAAAUCCAGUUCAGGUUGCCGGAUCCGAUGCGCUUAAUGAUGGAAAAUGGCAUACAGUAACACUGACUCAAGAUGGCAAA